GACGAAACAGCUGCGCGUGUUCGUUGUUGGGUUAAAAAAAAGACCAAUUUGAGGACGGCUUCGCGACGGAAAAACCGACAAUUAGGACGGAUUUUAGUUUCUUCGAUGUCUGACUCCAUGAGGUCCAGUAGGCUUAAGGAUGCUGUCCUGACUCCUGUGCAGAUGUAUUACAAGUGGAAUUUUUCAGGGAUGUGUUCAUGGCCUCUGCAAAGAUUCAGAAAGGGAUGGUAUUUCUGAAAGGAGGGCCAACUGCCCUGGCUGUAGAACCUGCAGCUGAUCAUCCCGCUGUGCCUCUCAGACCAGCGAAGAGACCCAAACGAUGGACAGAUCAAAGCGCUUUAGCAUCCAGUGAGGAACCGGAGUUUUGGGAUGCAUGUUGCAGGAAUUCGUCCAUUGUAAAGAUGGACGAACAAAAGCACCUCUCAAGCUUGAACACUCAUGCAGGAAACCUGUCAGCUGACAGCACCUGCAAAAGGGUUAAAGUGACACUGGACAACAACAGCAUGUGGAAAGACUUUUUCAGCUGUGGGACAGAGAUGAUUGUCACCAAACAAGGCAACAGGAUGUUUCCCUACUGCCGGUUCCGCAUCACUGGAUUACACCCAUCGAAGAACUACUGUCUUUUAAUGGACAUCCAUCCUUUAGAUGGCAGUCAGCACAAGUGGAACGGCAACAGCUGGCAAGUCUGUAGAAAAGCAGAGCGUCAUAUAAAAACUAAACCGUUCGUUCAUCCAGAGUCUCUUGCUACAGGUGAGCACUGGAUGCAGAGUCCAGUGUCAUUUUACAGACUGAAGCUCACCAACAACAUUUCAGACCAGGAGGAGAACAUCAUCCUGCAUCCAAUGCACCGUUACUUACCACGCCUGCACGUGGUCCAAACUGACAAGGCUCCUGAAGAGGUUCGGUUAAACGGUCCCAACGUUCUCACCUUCACUUUUCCCCAGACUGAGUUUAUGGCUGUUACUGCUUACCAAAACCCACAGCUUGCUCAGCUAAAAGUCAAUUACAACCCGUUUGCUAAAGGCCUGAAAGAAGAAGGGUCAAUUUCAUGGAGCCUGAAAGUAAAAAGCAACUCUAGCAAAGUCUUGAUCACAGAAAGGGGCAAUGCAAUCGCUGAGCAGCAUCCUGUGAAGAAAAGCUUGAAGUCAUUGCUUGCAAACCAUAAACCUCGAUGCCCAAAGACAGUUAAUCCAAAACCCACAGACCCACCAGCCGCCCAGAGAAACUCUACUGCACACAAAGAUCAGUCAACUGUCAAGGUCACAGCGGAAAGUUCACGCUCUCGUCCGACUCAGAAGCUGUUUUCUGAGCUGAUUCGCGAUGCUCAUGUUUCACUCCAGAGAUGUAAUAUGGACAGUCUUGACACGAGUCACAUCACCGCCUCCGGAGCUACACAAACACGAACUCACACUACAGUCAGGAGGACCGGUGGAGGUCAGGCUGCUCGUCAGAGGGACGGUUUAUCUGUCAAAGCACUAAAGAGGAAAACUGAAGUUUUAGAAAAAAGAAGAAAAGCUAAAGAUGAAAAGCACAUUUUUAGUUCAUCUAGCCACAAAGACAGUGCCAGAACCAAGGGUUCUGAUGGUGGUACUUCUCCAAUUAGGUCUCAGAACUCUUCUGAAAGUGUGGAUCUUCUGUGUGUUUCGGACACAUCAGAAGCCACGAGGCAUCCCAAACGUCCCGCCCGCCUUCCCCUUCCAGCACUCGCUCUGUUUCUGAAACAGCAUUCAACUAAAUUAAAAAAGACCACAAGCAAACCAGACACUUCUCCUGCAGAACCUGCGUCUGGAUCCAGAGGUUCUGAUGCAGUUUCUAAACAGACUGAGCCUGAACCCAUCACAGAGAGCUGCACACAUGCCAGAGUUGAAGAAGCGAGUACUCCUGAACGAGCCGGUGAAACCCAUCAAAAACCUUCGAUUCCUUCAAGUGACGGUUCUUCUUCUGGAGCAGAACCACAACAACCCAACUCAUUAGGCUUAGUUUAUGAGAGCUCACCCUCAGAGCUGCUCAUACCUGAUGUUACACCAGUAUUAGCCACCUCUUCCCUUAAGACACCUACACCCCCCCCUUCUACGUGUACUACCUCAUCAUCCAUCCUAAAUGAAGUGUUACCCUCCCAUAACUCACUCCCAACAUCCACACUACCUCCAGAGCCCCACCCCCUGAAGACCGAGUCCUCUCUUCCCGACCCAGAGUGCUCAUCUUUUGACUUUGAGCCUCUGUCGCCGGCGAGUUCUCCAGAACCUUUACCGUCUCUGCCGGCUUCGUUAGCUUUGGAGCUUGACUCUACGGCUUCCGAAGCAGCUUUUCCCACUGAACAGUCUGACGACCUGCUGCCGAACAGAAGCUCCGUCUUCAAGUGGCACACAGUGUUACCGCCGUCAGAGCCGUAUGUGGAAACUCCUUUUGGAACAUUUCAGCCCGCCAUCGGAUCUGCCGCACCAUUGCUGCCUUGUCACACUGAACCACAGGAUCUGAACUCGUCACCAUCUUUGCCUUCCAGCGAACCUCCUCCAUCAUUUCAAGACUGUGAACAGCUUCUGCCUUUCCCCGCCGAGCUUUCACCCCUCGCACUUCAGCUGCCGUUGUCUCCGACCUUCUCACUGGACGGGGAACGACUGUCGCCCACUCCUUCCCUCACCGACCUGGUGCAGUUCUUCUCGGUUGAUGAGGACACUGGGAUCGGGACGACCUUUCCAAACUCAGAAGCCGCCGUUCCCAUUUCCCUCCCACCGUCGGCAGAAACCCAUGAACCGCUACUACCUGCCCCUCCAGACUCAGUCCAGAAAUGCAGACGCAGGAAGAAGAGGAAGGGGAAGCUGGACGAGAUGAACGAGGGUCAGAAGAUAGAAGAAUGUGUUCGUAUGCAGCCUAACAUGGAGGAAGUGGAGGAGCAGUUGUUCAUCUCUUUCACGUCUAAGGAGGCCUUAAGGCUCCAUAUUCCAGACGCCCCCAACAUGUCCACCCCACACUCUGAGGCGACACCCGAGAGUCGAGUACCUGCUGAGGAGCAAGAGGGACACUCUGAUGUGGAGGCUCUGCAGGAGAAGAUAGCUACAUACCAGCAGACUCUGCUGAGAGACCUGAAGCUGAUGAAGCACCGGCAGGUCAUCCAUCCGGUGCUGCAGGAAGUCGGUCUGAAGAUGAGUCUGCUGGAUCCAGCUCUGUCCGUAGACCUGCAGUACCUGGGAGUGCGCCUUCCCAUCCCGCCUCCUGGAGUUAGUUUGGAGUCUUUGAUGCAGAACCUGCCGUCGACCAGCGAUGUUCCUGCAGGAUUUAUGUCCAGAACAGGAAAAACUACAGAUGUGACACAGAUCAAAGGCUGGAGAGAGAAGUUCACUACAUCAGAAGUUGAACCCUCUCCUACGUCCUCCAAACCUGAAGGUUCUCCACUUUUCCUCUUUGCUGGACCCAGUCCGGACCUGCAGAAGAAGAACCUGUCGGCGUUCUGCAGUGACAUGUUGGACGAGUACCUGGAAAACGAAGGGAAGCUGAUUGACGAGCGGGCCGCCAGUUUCUCCCAGCCGCCAGCGGACACGCCGGUCUUUGAGCUCCCCGUGAGGAGCACCAGCUACGUCCGGACAAUGGACCAUAUCCUGAAAGUGCAGACCGCCGGGUCACCCGCCUCUGACCUGGUGUCUGGAUUCAUCCCGCCCUCCAAGAGACCGCGACUCAAAGAGAAAAAAAACCCAAAAAUGGUGAAUAGGAAACGUUUAGGCCCCAAACAGAACAAACCCAGACCGGCACUUGGCGCUGCUGAGACCUCUGAGUCCACUUCACCAACGCAGCCCAUUUUACCCACACCUGAACCCACACCUGAACCCCCCCCUGAGAAUACCCAGCCUUCAGUCCAUCCCCCUUUUAAAAAGAGGCGGAAGCUCAAACCCAAAACCUCGUCUCAGACCCUGAGUCCGGCUGAGUCCGCGCCGCUGCUGCCCCCCAUCUCCAGAGACCUAGCUCCGCUGGAGUCUGACUCCGAGCUGGGCCCGAGCUGCAGUCCGACCAAGGAUGUCAUCAGGAAGCCGAGCCGGACCGUCACGACUCGGGCCCUGCUGAGGCAGAGAGACCUAGAGGACAGCGUGGUCCGGGAGGGGCGGUACCGGACCAGCAUCACCGAGGAGAGGGCCGCCAUCGCUCUGUCCUCGCUCUUCACGCUCACCGGCUUUGUGAGGGAGAACCCAACGGCGCCGAUCCAGCUUCCGCAGAGACAAAAGCCGUCUUGCCUGAACGAGUUCUGCAGACUCGGCUGCAUCUGCGCCAGCUUGACGAGGACGGCCCGCGUGAGCCACUGCGGCCGCUUCGACUGCAUGUUCGGCUGCAGCUGCCUCAAGCAGAAGGUGGUCCUCCUCAAGAAUCUGGAGAACUCCGACUCCAGUGGCUCCUCCCUCCAUGGUGGGAUCAAGAAGAAGAGGAGGAAAAGGAAGAGGAGGAUGAAGAUGGCUUACGUCCUGAAGGAUUCAGAAAGUGUGUUCCAGCCUGCAGAGCGAGUCCAGAACCUGUGGAAGAAAGGCGCGGCCGACGUAGAGUUAGAGCCCGUCUCCGCCCCUCGAAUGUCCUCGUUCUGCUACACAGCUAAGGAGUCUUCAUCUCCGACGGGACGGAAGAACGCGUCCAGCCAGCUCACAUCUGAGACGUUUCCUGUAAAACGGUCUCAGGUGAAGCGACGGUAUCACUGCAGCUGCGCCAGAAUCCGAGUCUACAACAGAAAGCAGAAAACUGCGGACGAGGAGAAUGUCUCCAAAAACAAUUCUGCUCGGUUGAAGGGUUUAAUGAAGGGAAGCCAGACGGUUCGGAUGAACAGCUCUCAUCGCCGUUCUGUUUCUAACACAGAUGGUUCCAGUCCCACUCAGCACUCUGACAGUUCAGAAGCAGAACCGGCACCGAAGCCUUCAAAGCGCCUGUUCAUUCAAAAGACGUGCGAAUGGAGCUGCAAGGCGGACCAAAACUUUGUCCUGAAGAAGCUGAGUAAGGCUGUGGCUCAGGAUGAACUCAGCAAGCCCUUCUGGGUCAGGAAGUACCUCAUCAGUCCUACAGACCAGACUGUGCAGGGCACCGGCGCCGACCAGUGCAUCCACUACCGGGUCCGGAUCAGCGCACCCAAGCGGGAGAGGAAGAAACAAGCAGAACAAGCCAUUCUGAGAAAUAUUCAGAGUCAGAAGAAGAAGGACCUGCAGGGAAAACGUUGUGUGAAGAUCAACCAAGCAGAGGUAAAGGCGGAGCCUGAGGAGGACCACCUAACGAAGGGGAAGAUGGCAGAGCAUUCUGAUCACCAGCAGAACCCUGAGAAGUUCAGGCAAGAACUGGAGGAGGGAGAACUUCCAGAAGACUGGCAAACAAUGGGGGCGGGGCCUAACUUCUAUAAGGAGGAGCCGGUGGAGGAUGUGAAAGAAACAGAGCUCACUGAAGAUUGGCAGAAGGAAGGGGCGGGGCAUAUAGAAGACAGACAGGAAGAGGUGCAGCGGUUAAAGCCUUUGGAGGUAAAGGAGGAGGAGGAGCCUCUAAAAAACUGUCUGAAGGAGGGGGCGGGGCAUGUGGAGGACUGGGAGGAAGAGGAUGAAGAGGACACUGAGGAAGAAGAGGAGGAUGAUGUCACCAGUUUCAGUGAAGAUGAUGAGGAGACGAGUGGAGAGCAGAGAACAGGCUGCAUUCCUUUUCCUUUCCAGACGGAACGGUCGACUGACGGUCUCCUCUCCGCCUCGCUCCGACAGCCAGGAGGAAAGGAUCAGCUCGUGCAGGUCAACGGGAAGGACUUCAAUUUGGCAAGGAUCGAGUUGGGGAGGAUGGGGGCGCUCCACCCGGCCAACCGUCUGGCAGCUUACCUGACGGGCCGCGCAACCUCCACCCAGCGGCGUAAGGCCUUCUUACUCCGCUGCAGACGCCUUCAGGACGCAGUCAGCUCCGCCCCAUCUGUGCUCCCCGCCACCACCACUGUGGCAUUGGCCCCCUCCACAUCGCAGCCAAAUCCCCCCACAGACCCACAGCUCAAGAAGACCGUGACCCCCACGUCUUCUAAAGCCCCCCAGGUGUUGUUCCUUCAAGUCCCCGGCCCACGUAAAGCUGUUCCUCUAUCGGUCGUGGCCCCCAAGGCGCCCGGAUCUUCACCGAACCAGCAGAGGAUGGUCCUGCAUCCGGUUCCGUCUCUGUCGGGCGCUAAGUUUUACCGUAAGCCCGACGGGAAGUUGGUCCAGCUGGUUCCUGUGUGUCACAUGAAGACCAUCACCCCAAAGGCGCCAGCUCAGGGAGUGGUCUCCCUUCCCCCCCUCAACACUUCGUCAUUGACCGUCGUCUCCGAUCCAAAGACCACAGGGACCUCCUCAGCUGGAUCCUCCUUUGCCAUCUCUCCUUCUUUGGCCCCCCUCAAUCAAAAACCCCAUAUCCUCAGAGGUCAGCGGAUGAUUAAAAUCCCGUUGAGCAGCUUCAAUAAAGACCCAGUUGUGUUGACCAUUAAGGCGCCUCCCCCCCCUCCAGUUCAUACAAACCUGAACUCCGUCAAACCCCCUCCGAGUCAGGAGGUCAAGCCGGGUGUCCUGAAAAUGCCGGUAACUGUCGUCCCUCUGGGUUCUGGGGGAGUCCAGCACCAACCUGCUGCCCCACCUCAGCCUGAGACCCCAACAUGUGCCCCUUCUGCCCCGCCCACCGGAGAGACGAGUCCUCAGCUGGAGUUGGCCCGUCACCCUGCGGACCUGGACAUCGUCUGCGUGGACGAGGACACGGGGGUUUACUCCCGGAAGAGCCAGCAGGUGGAGUUUGUCGACUUGAGCAGCGACACAGACAACUCGUCAGACCUGAGGGAGUCGGAGAGCGAGGACGACAAACCGAGGGGCUUCCAGAGAGAACACCUCAACCAGCAGGCAAGGGAGCGCCGACUUCAGAUACGCCAGAUGUUUGGCUCCCUGAGGAGAGAGGUCGGAACGUCCCCGGACAAACUGACCAAGAUCGGCACGCUGAAGCGGGCGCUGGAGGAGAUCCAGGAACUGAGGAGCGCCGAGACCCUCCUGAGGAGGAAGAAGACGAGACUGAAGAGGAGGAGGGACCAGUUCCUGUCCAUACUGGUUCCAUCAGCAGAAGAGGAUCAUUCUGAUCUCAGCCUGAAGGGGGCGGUGGAUCUGUCGAACAAGUCUAUUCCUCUGUCGUCUGAUACCGAGGAAGACCCUGACCCAGAAUGCAUUGGGACGACCUUCAGCGGGGACAGUCAUGGUGACGUGAAGGAAGCGAAGAGUCAAAACAACGCUCCACGUGUCAUGGAGCUCCCUGACACACCUGCUGAUAAAGGAAAGGUCCUUGAGCUCCUUUUGUCCAAUCAGGACAAGCUGUCAGCAGGGGGCGGGGCCUCUGCACCAUCAGGACAUGCAAACAAUCACAUCCUAAACACGCCAGCUCACCUGAAACCAGUGUUGACGCCCACCUGGGCUGAGACACGCCAGGCAGCAGUCCUGGCUCCUCCCCUCGUGCCGCAGCGAAAGACGAUUCCCAUCAUUUUAUCUCGCAGUAAAGUUGCUACUCCGUCAGCCAAUAAUCCAGCAGCUUUGCAGGCAGGCCCCCCUUCUUCUCACAUCCAUUUACAAAAUACAUCACCUGGCGCCUUUGUGCCGACCCCGAUCCCUGUGGCGGUGGCUCCAGUGGUUCUGACGCCGAUUCCUGUUUCAGCUGUGAGCUCAACCGCCGUGAUAAUCCCCAUCCUGACCCAUCAAGAGGCCAUGCUGUGCUCAGGGCCCCGCCCCUCAACAGAUUUCAGCCGUCGGAUCAUAACUACACAACCUGCCGCUCAGAAGGACCCACAACCUCACACACUACACACACAGACGGACCGGGAGCCUCUGCGGGGGGGGCCUGAUCCACCCACACCCGCUUCACACCUGGCAGGUGUGUCUCGCCUGAGCUCGUCAGAGGAGUCCAACCUCGGGAACUCGUCUGCACGGCGUCACGGUUCGGGUCAGAACUCGGAUCUUCAGCCGCCGGCGCCGGACAGCGACGGCCUGUCGUCCCUCCUGGAUGAAAUCGUCUUUUUGAACCAGCAACCCAUUUCCACGGCAACGGCAGGAAACCCACUUUCUGAGGACUCUUCUGUAGUGGGCGGAGCCUCUGAAGGAGAACAAGCCCCCAAACCGAACGGACCACCAGCAUCCAGAGGGGGGGUCGUGCAGCUGGGUCAGACUACUGGGAGUGGGAAGGGGUGUGUCCUGGCCCCACCCCCGUUACUGCACAUGAAAGUGGGCGGGGCUGCAGUGACGGCCCACGCCAACAGCGCCAAGACAGCGGCGGGGGGUCCGGUGGAUGGGGGAGGGCAGGGGGGUGCGGCGUCCCUGGGUACGACAUGGACGCCCAGACCGAUGCCGAGGCUGGUUCCUCUGGGCCGCAGAGGAGUCUCCCCCACCUGACCCGGCUCGGCCCGACACGUGGUUCUGGAGUUUUUGAGAGUUUGGUUCAGCAUCAAGUCGACUGUUACAAACUUCUGCUGCUGGAGCAUUUUUACUGAGAAAGUUUGUUGUUUAUAUUUGUGUUCUAACAGAACCGGGCCGUUCUCAACCACCUCAGAACCUCUAAAGCAGUUUUCACCUUUUUAAGUGAAACUGUCAAACUGACAGCCGCCGGUGGAGGCCGGAUCGGAGAACCCGGGUUCUUGAACUAUUUCAGAAUAAUCUAUUUGUUUGGUGUUUUGUUUGGGGGGCGUAGGGUGGGUGGGGGGUGUAGUCUCUGGUCCCUGAAGACGUCCGUCUGGAGUUCAGAAUUUUUAUACCGAAACUGAAAAACGAGUCAAAGUAACCUGAAAAAAGGAAAAUACAGAAAUGUUUUCAGAUCUAUUAUAACUCUACGCUUUUAUUUUGAAAGGAAAAAAAAACAGGAACACACCCUCUGCUGCUUCCUGCCUCAGAGUAAGAGCAGUCCUCUGCACUCCUUGUUUCAUAAACGUCUGUUGUAAAUCCUGUUUGGAUAAUAAAGGUUUUAUAAGAAA